AUAUGUAAACGAUUCCACGUCGUCGUCGGCUGUCGGAAGCUGUUAAUGGCUUGUAUGCAUCGUAAGUUCAUGUGCUCGGGCAUACGGCGUACGUGGAUCCGCGAGGUUGGUCGCGAUCGCCAGUUCUCUGCUCUCACUUUACCAUCGUCUUUUCACUCGAUUCUUUUUUCCUCCCGAUUCCGUUCUCGAAACAUUCCAUCGUGACUUUCAUUCCGCCUGUGGUGCGUCGACGGUCUCGGUUCGAGGAGCAUGGAUUUCUGCCGUAGCAAGAAAGCGAGUACGCGGACAGCGGAAAGCAAAGUAUCGAAGUCGGGAUGUUCGAGUUGCGCCGGUCCAGGCUACGUCUCGCCGAAAGCAGCGAUGACCGAGGGCCCCCGCGAAAAGCUUAUGUACGUCGUGUGCGUGCACACGGACCCGAAGAAACCGGACGUUCUUUCCACCGUUGAUCUGGAUCCAGAGAGCCCAACUUAUUGCAAGAUCGUUCAUAAAUUGCGGAUGCUUCACGUCGGCGACGAGUUGCACCACUCUGGAUGGAACAUUUGCAGCAGUUGCCACGAUCAGCCGCGAAAACGAGACGUUCUUGUGCUCCCGACUCUGAUGUCCGACCGGGUCUAUUUCAUCGAUACCAGCAACGAGCGGGCACCGUCGAUCAAGAAGGUAUUGUCGCCGGCCGAGGUACACAAACACGGGGUAUCCACGUUACACACCAGCCAUUGCGCGCCGACAGGAGACAUAAUGAUUUCCACCCUGGGCAAGCCGAACGACGACGCGCAGGGCGAAUUCCUUUGCAUCGAUUCGGAGACGUUCGAAGUGAAGGGCACGUGGACGAAGGGCGGGAAGAAGGCAGCUUUCGGUUACGAUUUUUGGUACCAGCCUUAUCACGACGUGCUGGUCGCCACUGAAUGGGGCGUGCCGAGAGUAUUCAAACGAGGGUACGCGACCACGGACGGCUCCGAUCCAGAGCUGUACGGCAGAAGCAUGAACUUUUAUUCGUGGAGCGAGCGGAAGUUGAUGCAGACGAUCAAUCUGGGCCUCGACGGGAUCGCUCCGCUCGAGGUGAGGUUCCUGCACGAUCCGAAAGCCAGCGAAGGAUUCGUCGGAUGCGCGAUCAGCUCGAACGUUCACAGAUUCUACAAGACAGCGGACGGCGAAUGGCGGACCGAAAAAGUGAUUCAAGUGCCUCACAAGGAGGUCGAAGGCUGGGUCGACUCUAAAAUGGCAGGCACGAUCACCGACAUCUUGAUCAGCCUCGACGACAAGUAUCUCUACUUCUCGAAUUGGCUCCACGGGGACGUCAGACAGUACGACAUCACCGACACGAGGAAUCCAAAGCUGACCGGUCAGAUCUUCCUCGGCGGAUCGAUCCUGAACGACUCGAAGGUUCGGGUGAUUCGCGACGAAGAAAUGACGGAACAACCGAGCCCGGUUUACAUAAAGGGUCGCCGGUUUUACGGGUCGCCGCAGAUGCUUCAGCUGAGCCUCGACGGGACGCGCCUCUACGUGUCCACCUCCAUCUUCAAGCCGUGGGACCAACAGUUUUAUCCCGAUCAUGUCAAGAACGGCUCGGUAAUGGUCAAGCUGGACGUGGACGUGGAGAACGGUGGCCUAAAACUGGACGAGCAAUUUUUAGUUGACUUCGGCGAGGAUAAGGGUGACGUGCUGCUUGCACACGAAAUGAGAUACCCUGGAGGUGAUUGUACAUCCGACAUAUGGCUGGCCACGGAUCCUUGAUGUAAUACCAACAACAUUUUCCUAAUACGUUUUCUCUACGAACGGAACUAACCGAACAAAUACGUAGCAACAAAUGCACGCACAUAGAGGGCGAUAAGGGCUUUUUUUAAGACAUCGUAUAUUGCUAUAAAGCUUGAAAAAUGAUUCUAUAUUUCUA